AAAGCAUCCCUUUUGGCCCUGUGAGCCGGGAGGGAAGGGCAGUGUUAAGAGGCUCGUAGCAACUCAGCGCCUGGGUUUUAGUCAGGCAAUUCGUCGGGCGCCUGGCCAGUUAGGCUAUAGGAAAAAGUGGUCUGCUCUUGCCGCUGGAGAUAGAAGCGCUCUCUACUUUCGUCCUCUCCUGUUCAAGAUGGUGGCCUCCCGAGCAAUUGGCAGCCUCAACCGCUUCAACGCCUUCAGGAUCCUCCGCUCCCGAGGUUGUAGUUGCCGCAACUUUUCAGGGUCUUCUGCUUUGCUGGCUAGAACCCAUGUUAACUAUGGCGUCAAAGGGAAUGUGGCAGUUAUUCGACUUAACUCACCCAAUUCAAAGGUAAAUACACUGAAUAAAGAAGUACAAACAGAGUUCAUGGAAGUAAUGGAUGAAAUCUGGGCCAGUGAUCAAAUCAAAAGUGCCGUCCUCAUCUCAUCAAAGCCAGGCUGCUUUGUUGCAGGUGCUGAUAUCAACAUGUUAGCCUCUUGUAAGACCCCUCAAGAAGCAACACAGAUAUCACAGGAAGGACAGAGAAUGUUUGAGAAACUUGAAAGGUCCCCAAAACCUGUCGUGGCUGCCAUCAAUGGAUCCUGUUUGGGAGGAGGACUUGAGCUUGCCAUUGCAUGCCAAUACAGAAUAGCAACAAAAGAUAGAAAAACAGUAUUAGGUGUCCCUGAAGUCUUGCUGGGGAUUCUACCCGGAGCAGGAGGCACCCAAAGGCUGCCCAAAAUGGUGGGUGUGCCUGCUGCUUUUGACAUGAUGCUGACUGGUAGAAACAUUCGUGCAGACAGAGCAAAGAAAAUGGGACUGAUUGACCAAUUGGUGGAACCCCUGGGACCAGGAAUAAAACCUCCACAGGAACGGACAAUUGAAUACCUAGAAGAAGUUGCAAUUACUUUUGCCAAUGGACUAGUUGAUAAGAAGAUUUCUCCUAAGAGAAACAAGGGAUUGAUGGAAAAACUGACAGCAUACGCCAUGACUAUUCCAUUUGUUAGACGACAGAUCUACAAAACCGUGGAAGAAAAAGUGCGAAAGCAGACCAAAGGCCUUUAUCCUGCCCCUCUGAAAAUAAUUGAUGUUGUAAAAACUGGACUUGAGCAAGGGAGUGAAGCUGGUUAUCUUGCUGAAUCACAGAAAUUUGGAGAGCUGGCAUUGACCAAAGAAUCAAAAGCCUUGGUGGGACUAUAUCAUGGCCAAGUCCUGUGCAAGAAAAAUAAAUUUGGAGCCCCACAGAAGGAUGUUAAGCAUUUAGGUAUUCUUGGUGCAGGGCUUAUGGGAGCUGGCAUCGCCCAAGUCUCCGUGGACAAGGGGCUGAAGACCCUUCUUAAAGACACUACGGUAGCUGGACUGGGACGGGGACAGCAACAAGUGUUCAAAGGAUUAAACGACAAAGUGAAGAAGAAAUCUCUAACAUCAUUUGAAAGGGAUUCCAUCUUCAGCAACUUGAUUGGGCAACUUGAUUACCAGGGUUUUGAAAAGGUUGACAUGGUGAUUGAAGCUGUUUUUGAGGACCUCAGUGUUAAGCACAAAGUACUAAAGGAAGUAGAAGCAGUGAUUCCAGAUCACUGUAUCUUUGCCAGUAACACAUCUGCUCUCCCAAUCAAUGAAAUUGCUGCUGUCAGCAAAAGACCUGAGAAGGUGAUUGGUAUGCACUACUUUUCUCCUGUGGACAAGAUGCAGCUACUAGAGAUCAUCACAACAGAGAAAACAUCCAAGGACACAACUGCUUCUGCUGUAGCAGUUGGUCUCAAGCAAGGGAAGGUCAUCAUUGUGGUCAAGGAUGGACCUGGCUUCUACACCACCAGGUGUCUUGCACCCAUGAUGUCUGAAGUCAUACGAAUCCUCCAGGAAGGCGUUGACCCUAAGAAGCUGGAUUCCCUGACCACAGGCUUUGGCUUUCCUGUGGGUGCUGCUACCCUGGCAGAUGAAGUUGGUGUGGAUGUAGCGAAACAUGUGGCAGAAGAUCUGGGCAAAGCCUUUGGGGAGCGGUUUGGAGGUGGAAGCCCAGAGCUGCUGAACCAGAUGGUGUCCAAGGGCUUCCUGGGUCGCAAAUCUGGGAAAGGCUUUUACAUUUAUCAGGAGGGCUCGAAGAAUAAGAGUUUGAAUUCUGACAUGGAUACUAUUUUUGCAAGUCUGAGGCUUCCUGCUAAGCCCGAGGUCUCCUCUGAUGAAGACAUCCAGUACCGUGUGGUGACAAGAUUUGUGAAUGAAGCAGUGCUGUGCCUACAGGACGGGAUCUUGGCCACACCUGCAGAGGGAGACAUCGGAGCAGUCUUUGGCCUUGGCUUCCCCCCUUGUCUCGGAGGUCCCUUCCGUUUUGUGGAUCUGUAUGGUGCUCAGAAGAUAGUGGACCGGCUCCGGAAGUAUGAAGCUGCCUAUGGAAAACAGUUCACCCCAUGCCAGCUGCUCAUUGACCACGCCAACAGUCCCAGUAAGAAGUUCUACCAGUGAGCAGGCCCUCCCACCCUGCUCCAUCAGUGCACUAACCCAGCUGCCAGCAGCGCUGCUUCAAAAGUGCCAUCUGGGUGUAUCAGGAAGCAGAAGGAAAACCAAGCCUGGCCUUGAGUUUGCUCCUUAAUUAAAGUGCCUUCAGCUCUGACCAUCUCCUUCCUGGUGAAGUCUGACUAUGAAUUAGAGUUUGUACUUCAUAUUGGAAAGUGGAACCCACUGUGCUCCUUUUCUAAACCCUGAAGCCCAAAUCAGCAGCUAAGAGCCAUCCAAAGCCACUUUUGUUGCCUGUUCCUCCCAGGAGGCCAGUGGUGGCUAGUGGUGGCGAGGGCAUUUCUGUACCCAGCCCAACAGAACCACAGUAAAAACCAAACUAUCA